GUUGCUUGUAUCAUAGUUUGAUUUAACUCGGGAUGCACAUGUGCUCGCUUGCUCUGGUGGCUUUUUGAAUUCGAAAAUCGAACACACCUUUUCACCAUGAGCAAGAGAAAAUUGUUGUUCAAGAAAAUCUUUUGCUCAAACGAAUGCGAUAGUGAGCCCUUUUUAGACGAUGGAGAUGUGUCUUUGGCCUCAUUUGUUUAUAAUGUCGCUUGCGAAGAAAUCAGAGAAGACAAUGAUUAUUCUGAUGAUGAACCUGAUAUGGAUGGUAAAGAUGAAGAUACCUAUUCAAUUUUAAGUUUCGAUGAAAAAGUGGAUGCGGCAGUGGAAAAUUUUGAACGCGUAGUUGCACUUUUUAAGAAAACAAAAAAGGCGAAAGACAGUUUUUUAAAGAGCUUUGAACAGUGGGCGCCAACUUGCAAGAAUAAUAUCCAACUCUUGAAAGAAUCCGCUGAAGCAAUACAGACGGAUAAGUUCAACAGUGAUAUAGCUAAAGUCGUUGGUGGAGUAGUUGCUGCUGUAGGAGGUAUUGUGUUUGGUAUCUCGUUUAUCACACCAUUAGCCGUCGUAACUGUACCACUUGCCAUUGGAGGGGGAAUUGCUUCUGCAGUAGGAGGCACAGUGGUUGCUGGUACCACCGGUACAGAAAUCGCCCUUUUGAAGAAAAAAUUGGAAGGAGCACGAGCUCUCGUCCAGCAAGAGAUGGAACGGUUUUUUGCCAUGACCCACUGGUUCAGCUUUCCUGAAGAAGUGAAGAAAGCUCUCGAAUCCCUGCUCAGCUACAAUCUUCUAAAAGAAAUGGCUGCAGAUUUGAAGAAGUUUUUCGAUGAAGUGACACGCGAGGCGAACCUGACAGUAGGUGAUUUUAAGUUGCGAUUCAAAGAAGUGUUGAAGCUUUGCAUGAAGAAGAUGAUUACAUCGAGCAAAAUAACUUAUGAAUUCGGUGAUGACGUUGCGCCUGUCGUCAUGACUUUUGUCUUCGUGUUUUGUUUGAUGAAAGGGCAAAACCGGAUUGUCUUGGACUGCGUCAUGAUAACGCAACGCUUGGCGGUGGGUCUGCUGAGCGUGUUCGACCUUGGCGUUCAAGCGGGCCAACUUAUUGGGAGAUUGGCGUUGAAAGGAGCUGCUUCUGCAGGAGAAGCGCUUGCUAAAUUCGCUAUCAUGGAGGCACUUGUAGGACUUGGCGUUCUGAUUGAUGUCGUGAAUGUGGUACUGUCUUCUAUAGAUUUACACAAACGUCCCGAGACUGAGGCGACCAAAAAAAUAAAAGAGGCAGCUGACAAGCUUGAAAAGGUGUUUUCAUUUAUCGAAAGCGUCUAUAAUGAAGUCAAGAAGUACAAAACCCUUGCCCGGACUGAUGUGAAUGAUUGGACAGCAGUUGUCGUCAGCCAUAUUCCAGAUGAUGCUGAGAAAGAAGACAUAAAAACCGCUGUCAAACCUCAUCUUCCUGAAGAAGCUUGGUCUUGUAUUAAACUCAAAAAGUUACCUACCAAUGGAAACAAUUGGCUAGUAAAAGUACCGACCAAUCAUUCGCAGCUGCUUUUGGAGCAGUCUCAUUUAAUUAUCAACGAGAAAUCCUGUGCCGUGACUCAAUGAAGAAAUAGUCAUAUUAUUAUAUGUGACUAUUUCUGCUGUCAUAUAUGAUAUGACAAUAUAAUAUGUGACAUGAUAGUUGCCAUAUAUAAUAUGACUAUGACCAGUAUUCAGAAAAAAAUGUUUUUCUUUAAGUAGAAUCUGAGAAAUAAAUAACUUUCUUCAUGAAUUAAAAGUUGCUUAAUUUUAAACAUUUUAAAAACUUAUAAAUGUUGUCAUGUUCAUUUCAUGAAUUGAAUCAGAUCUGCUCGUGGAAUUAAAAGUAUUUGUUGCAAAUACAGAAACAUGUACUGAAUUAAUCCUUGAAUUAUGCAAAAGUUGAUUUCAACUUCCAAGUAUUGCACAAGGUCACUAUAAAAAAAGUUUUCUUAUUUGUAGGCUUCUGUAUUUAAAAGUAAUAAAUAGAAUGAAAGCAGAUUUCAUAUACAGGCUGUAGAAAGCAUGGAGAAAUAAACUGCGAAAUUACGGCAUGCGCCAAAAUAUACAGUACUGAAAUGAAAAGUUGAACAAAAUUACGUAGUACUGAAAUGAAAAACUCCGUCCAUCUUCACGACCACUUCAGUAUGAGUGGAAACAAUGCUCAAUUAUAAAUAUUUUGUCCUCCAUCGAGAGACCCAUUUCCAACAACUGCACAACACAACUUCCUGUUCACUAAAGCGAACACGUGUAGCUGCAGUUAUGCCUCUUCCACAAACGCAACACCGUGUUCGAAAUGCGUGAAAUUCAAUGCUGUAUAUUUUGGCACAUACUGUAAAAUAUAGUUACGAAGUUCACCGGCAGGAGAGAUGAUCGCGCUGUCAAAAUUUAGAAAAAGAUAUUCUUUUAUUCAUCCGUGUCUUAACAUAAUUGAAAUAUUUUUAAUCUGCAGUUUUACAUUGGGUAUAAAAGAUUAUAUUGGCAGCUUCUGAUGCAAUUCUUUUCGGAAUUUGCCUACAACUUCUAUAUUCCUGUACAUGAAAUGUGGUACCAUCAUUCCAUUCAUUCUCUUCACCCGCAGAUUCUAAAAAGAAAGGAAAAAUUUGUGGCUAGAUUUUGUAUGUAAUCUAUGUAUUUUAUAUUUUAAAGGCAGAUUUUAUUCACAUUUUGCGAACUUUAAAAAAAUCGUUCAUUUAUAAUUUUUUUAGCUAACAAAAACAAAAACAAAAAGUUUAGGAGCUCGCACAAUUUUACGAUGGAAAAAAAAAAAAAAAAAAAAACGAUCGUCUUUUUAAAAGUUGACGUUUGCGCAGUACAAUAGUGGCGUGAUCAUUCCAAAUCGGUUGA